AUGGCAGACCCCCCUGGCUGCUGCCGCCCCUGUGCCACCUGCCUGCUCUGCCUCUACAGCUGCCAGUGGAUCACCACCAAGAAGGAGAAGAGGAAGGGCUUGAGAACCACCAAGUGUGACUGCAGCUGGUUCCUUUUCAUCUUCUGCGUCUUCCUCUUCACAUUGGUGUGGCUCUACUUCGCCAUCAUCAUCCUCAAUGAUUUCCACAACUUCAAUGAGUUCAUCUUCAAGCAGCGGAAGUUGUGGCUAGACUGGUCCGUGGUCCUACUCAUAGCUACGGCCGUGCUGAUCACCUACUCAGCUGUGCUGCUGGUCCUUGCUUUGUGCUUGCAGCUCUGCGGCCAGCCCUUGAAGCUACACUGGCUGCACAAGACCCUGCUGAUCUUAACUGCCCUGGUGGUGGCUGCAGCCUUCACAGGGCUGGGAAUAAAGUGGGCGGAGGAGUGGAGAAGUGCACGUAUCUCCCUGCAGGCAACAGGUCCCUUCCUGCACAUUGGAAUCGUGGGCGGAAUGACGCUCCUUGCCUGGCCCCUGGCCAGCUUCAUCUACCGUACCCGCAACACAGGUCUCAAGGUGUUUCUGCUGCUUGUGUACUGUGUGGUGGUGAUUGCGCUGUAUCUGGCUCCCCUGGGAAUCACCUCCCCUUGCAUCAUGGAGGAGAACCAGCUGCCUCCCAAGCCAGCCCUGGUUGGCCACCGAGGAGCCCCCAUGCUGGCCCCUGAAAACACCCUCAUGUCACUGCACAAGGCGGUGGACUGUGAUGUGCAAGUCUUUGAGACAGACGUCAUGGUGAGUGCUGAUGGGGUCCCGUUCCUCAUGCAUGAUGAGGAACUCACCAGGACCACCAACGUGCGGGCUGUGUUCCCCGAGAGGGCUGCCCUGAACAGCACCGCCUUCAACUGGACAGACCUCCAGCAGCUGGAUGCUGGCAGCUGGUUCCUGGAGCGGAGGCCGUUUCCCACUGUGCAAAGUCUUUCUGCUGGUGAUCGCUACCAGGUGACUAAACAGAGGAUCCCAUCCCUGGAACAGGCGCUAGAGGCAACCAAGCAGAGCAAUAUCUCCAUCAUGUUUGACCUCCGGCCUGAGAAUCACAGUGACUACCAGAGCUUUGUCAAUGCCACCCUGGAAGUGAUCUUACAGUCAGGCAUCCCGCUACAGCAGGUCCUCUGGCUGCCAGAUGGGUUCAGGGAACAGGUCAAACAGCAAGCGCCAGGCGUUCAGCAAGUUUAUGGCCGGAAGAGACUCCAGAAUGAGAAGGAGCCACUGCUGCAUGUCAAUCUGCCCUACCAGGACAUGAGCUCUGAGGAGAUCAGGCAGUACCGCCAGGACAACAUCUCUGUCAACUUGUACGUGGUGAACCAGCCCUGGCUCUUCUCUGUGCUGUGGUGCUCUGGAGUGAGCUCUGUCACCACCAACGCCUGCCAGGUGCUGAAGGAGAUGAAACACCCCAUUUGGCUGCUUCCCAGCAGCACGUACCUCAUGAUCUGGAUUGUUGUAGACUGCACUUCCUUCCUUGCCAUCCUCUGGGCCUUCCUCUUGCUGAAGAAAUGCUCCCAAAGAAGACGGCUCGCGGAGUCUGAGACAGAUGUGCUGCUCACAAAGAUCAACAGCCUGAUGCAAGAGUGA